GAGCUACACUUGUCGAGGCAGCUCUCUUGGUUUGUAUGGCCACCUGGCCUUGCCCCUUGGACAAGUUCCAAGAGCCUUCGUUAAUCCCGUGGCCAUCAUCAUUUGGCCCCUUCCGUCUCCUGCUCUCUGUCUCCCGCUAGCUCUAUAAAAGAAUCCGCCCUGCAACAUCUCUCAUCACGUUCACGUCUCAAACAAGAGAUCGAGAAGAGAGAAGAAAGCUUAUAGAGAGAGAAGAGAGCUUAUAGAGAGCUGCGAUUCAGUCCUGACUCCAUGGACAGAGUUGCAUCAAGCUGUGUCAGCCUUCUCACACAAAGGAGGGGGUACUCCGUGGCCGCGGCCAUGGUGAAGGGAGCCGGGCGGAGGACCGACGAGAAGAAGGUGGCGGCAGUAGCGGCCAAGCGCGCGAUGGGCAAGAAGGACGUGAACAUGGCGGCCGCCGCGGCAGAGGAGAAGACGGCGUGGGUGCCGGACCCGGUGACCGGGUACUACCGCCCGGCGGGUAGCGCCAAGGAGGUGGACGCGGCGGAGCUGCGCGCCAAGUUGCUGGCGCAGCCCGCCGUGAACUGAUUAAUCAAUCAAUCGAGCUCGUUCAUUAUGCUUCAAGAUACGUGCUCGUGGUUGAUCGCUAGGCCGCUUUGGCCUAGAGGUUGAUACGACCUACGAGGCCGCGUAUCAUAGUAAUAACUGCAUCGUCGGUACUGAGCUGUGGUUCUGCGUUAGGUUUUCGUGUGUGUGUCUAUAU